CAUACAGAACGAUGCCUGUGUCUCAGUGUAGCUCCUCACUGAGCAAGCCAGAGCUGGCUUCUGCCUGCCUCCAACUCUUAUUGCCUGUCCGGAGCCAGUGCCAUGCAGGCGCAGGACCCGUCCCGGAGGCCCUCGGCUGUGCACUUCCUCAGUGCCUUUCUGCAGGGCCGCCGGCACUCCACUUCCGACCCUGUCCUGAGGCUACAGCAAGCCAGGCGUGGCUCUGGCUCUGCCACCAAGCUGCUGUCCUCAUCUUCUCUCCAGGUGAUGGUGGCUGUGUCCUCUGUCAGCCGUACAGAUGGGAAUCCAACUUUCCAAGAGAGAAAAAAAAAUUCAGGACGCCCAACACCAAAAUACACAAAGGUGGGAGAACGUUUGCGGCAUGUCAUCCCUGGACACAUGGCGUGUUCCAUGGCGUGUGGUGGGAGAGCAUGUAAGUACGAGAACCCAGCCCGCUGGAGUGAGCAGGAGCAAGCCAUCAAGGGGGUUUACUCAUCCUGGGUCACUGACAACAUCCUGGCCAUGGCUCGUCCAUCCUCCGAGCUGCUGGAGAAGUACCACAUCAUCGAGCAGUUCCUCAGCCGUGGCAUAAAAACAAUAAUCAACCUGCAGCGUCCUGGUGAGCACGCCAGCUGUGGGAACUCUCUGGAACAAGAAAGUGGUUUCACGUACCUUCCUGAAGCAUUCAUGGAGGCUGGCAUUUAUUUCUACAACUUCGGGUGGAAGGAUUAUGGUGUGGCAUCCCUCACUGCCAUCUUAGAUAUGGUAAAGGUGAUGACAUUUGCCCUACAGGAAGGAAAAGUAGCUGUCCACUGCCACGCAGGGCUUGGGCGAACAGGUGUUUUAAUAGCAUGCUAUUUAGUUUUUGCAACGAGGAUGACUGCUGACCAGGCAAUUAUAUUUGUGCGGGCAAAACGCCCCAAUUCCAUACAAACCAGAGGACAGCUACUCUGUGUACGAGAAUUCACUCAGUUUCUGGCUCCACUUCGUAAUAUUUUCUCUUGCUGUGACCCCAAAGCACAUGCUGUUACCUUAGCCCAGUACCUGAUUCGCCAGCGUCACCUGCUUCAUGGUUAUGAGGCACGACUUCUGAAACACGUACCAAAGAUCAUCCACCUCGUUUGCAAGCUGCUGCUUGACUUGGCUGAGAACAGGCCAGUAGUGAUGCAAAGCAUGUUGGAAGGACCUGAACUCUCUGCUGAAAUCGAAAAGACUGUGUCUGAGAUGGUCACCAUGCAACUAGAUCAAGAGUUACUGAGGCAAAACAGUGAUGUGCCUGACCCGUUUAACCCCACUGCCGUGGUGUUCGAGAAUCAGGAUGUGAUGCUUUCUAACGAGCCUGAGUUUGACCCCCUCUGGAAGAGGAGGAAUGUUGAGUGUCUUCAGCCCCUGACACAACUGAAAAGGCAGCUCAGCUACAGUGACUCGGACUUAAAGAGGGCCAAAGCUAUCCUGGAGCAAGGGGAGACGCCUUGGACAGUGCCUGCCCAGGAUUUGCUGCAGGGCCACGGCCUCCAGCAUCAGAAGCCCACCAGCCACUGCUGUAUACCACCGACGCCAGAACUAGGUUUACAUAAGGACACACUGGUUCACAGCACAUUUUCUUUCUGGACUCAGUCAAAGUGUGGAGGCUUGGAAGGACUCAAAGAUGAUGGAUCACCACUUUUCUGUAGAAAGGACAUUUCAAAGGAAGUACAGCGGAGCAGGACCUUCUCUGUGGGUGUCUCUUGUUCGCACAAUCCUGGAGAACCAGCGCCACCCAACUUUACAAGUAUCCAUAAGGAUCCAGAGCAAACCACCCAUUGCCAGUGUGAAGUGCCUGGUGGUUGGGUUCCAGGCUUUGUGCAUGAGGCGAGCCCGACCCCCUGCAGCCCUCUAAACUGUGGCUCCAGUCCUAAGGCACAGUUGCCACACAGACAGGAAACCCAAAACAGCACAUACCUGUCUGAGGCAAUGCCACAUGCCAGCUUGCAGUCUGAACUGAGUGCUGAAGCAAGGAGAAUACUGGCAGCCAAAGCCCUGGCAAAUUUAAAUGAGUUUGUAGAAAAGGAGGAAGUACAAAGGAAAGUGGAAAUGUGGCAGAAAGAACUGAAUUCCCGAGAGGGAGCUUGGGAAAGGAUAUGUGGUGAGAGAGACCCUUUCAUCUUGUGCAGUUUGAUGUGGUCUUGGGUGGAGCAACUGAAAGAGCCUGUAAUCACCAAAGAGGAUGUGGACAUGCUGGUUGACAGACAGGCAGAUGCUGGUGAGGCCCUGUUCUUACUGGAGAAGGGACAGUACCAGACCAUCCUGUGUGUGCUGCAUUGCAUAGUGAGCCUGCAGACCCUUCCUGUGGAGGUGGAGGAAGCUUGCCUUUCACAUGCCAUUAAAGCUUUCACCAAGGUUAAUUUUGAUUCUGAAAAUGGACCAAUGGUUUACAAUACCCUGAAGAAAAUAUUUAAGCACACAUUAGAAGAAAAGAGAAAAAUGGCAAAAGACAGCCCUAGGCCUGGCCUCUCCUGAAGCUUUCUCCUCUGGACAAGCAUCUGACCUAAGGCUCCAUCCCACCUAAGUGUGGCGCUUCUGUUCCUGUGUGGAUGUGGCAUGCUGUGCUGCUCUUCCUUGCCACACUCCAUUGUCAACGCUAUGUCUCUUGUGCUGAAAAUGAUGGUUUCUUUUUUGCAGUAGUUAUUUAUUAUAAGAUAUCUUUGAGCUGUGUCUUGAAAAAUUGCCAUAAAGUUAGUGCCACUUUUAUUUAUUUACUGAAUUAAUAUUGUUAUGUUGAAAUGUUAAGUGUGUUAUAUUUGUGACCUUACUCCUUUUGACAUUUUGGAAAAAAAAAAAAUCUUCAUUCCAAAACAGUUAUUUUCUUGACAGAACUCUUUCUGGAGUUUUUACCAAAUAGAUCAUUUUAGUAGUAAAACCUCA